AUGGAUGCUCCGCCAGAAGUGUUUAAGGGUCAGUUGGAUCGCUUUAAUGGCGUCACCAUAGACUCCAGCAAAGAGUUCGCCAGUGAAGAAAUUUUUCCGGAAAAGCUGGAAAAGUCUUUGCAAUAUUGGAAGGAACAAAAACGCCGGGCAAUUUGGUUUAGUGUGAAAACCGAGCACUCUUCUUGGGUGCCCCAUCUAACAAAGGCUGGUUUUGAAUUCCAUCAUGCCAAACACGGAGUUGUGGUGCUAUAUCGAUGGCUACCUGAGGAAGAAUACGAAAACAUACCCGUCUACGCACACACAAUGUUGGGUGUCGGAGGUCUUGUUGUCAACGAAAACAACGAAGUCCUGGUUGUGUGCGAACGUUUUUCAUUAAUACCAAAUAGCUGGAAAUUACCCGGAGGGUAUGCCGAGCCCCAUGAAAACAUAAUUGAUGCCGCUAUAAGAGAAGUGCGGGAGGAAACUGGCAUUGAAUGUGAAUUUAAUACUGUAAUAAGUUUGCGGCAUUCUCAUGGUGGUAUAUUUGGUUGUUCCGACAUCUACUGUGUGGUCGCUCUGUCCCCGAAGUCAUCAGACCUGCGUCGCUGCGAACGGGAAAUAGCUAAAUUAGAAUGGAUGCCAAUUUCAGAAUAUUUGGAACACCCAAAUGUUCAUGAAACGAACAGACAUUUUGUGCGAUGUUAUCUUGAUUAUAAGGAUCGUGGAAUUCGUUUCACAUGCGAGAUGGGAAAACAUCAAGUAUUGAAAAAAGAAUAUUGUCUCUAUUACAUGAAACCCUUACAUAAAGAUCAAGAAGCUUUGACUCAGCCGAAGACGUCAUAA